CAAUGCGAGUGGAAAAAGUAACCAACUAAGUGCAACGACGCAGCAAAGAUAUUCUGGGACUUUGUUUUAUGUAAGGGAAUUAAAGGUUGUACUUGGGUUUGCCGAUAGUUAACAAUUUCCUCGUCUCAGGUGUGCUCAAGAAGUUUGGGAUGGUGUUAAGGUGCAUUCGCUCCAAGUGGCUGGAGAUUGUUUCACGUCCUCCCCCCCCCCCCACCCCCCAAGUUUAUCGGAGCUCAGUAAAGUUGACUUCUCCUAAGACUCUUGAAUGAGUUGUAGCCGUUAACUCUUGAGCAGCAUAAACAUGUUAAAAUAGUCUUGAAUUACAAAUUCUCUCAUUUAGAGCACUGCGAGUAAUACUUUGGCGUUGCCUCCUUAACAGCUUGAUGACAUUAAACUAAACUGAACAACAAGUAAAGAAUGUAUAAAACCCACACAUGAAGCAGUGAACAACCACCUGCAUUGAAAUCAUGUUAAACUCGACCCUUUACGCAGUGAGGAAAAGGAAGAGACCUACACAGAAAACUAAACCGGAUGGCGUCAAGUCCAAUUCAUCCAAGAGACAUCGGGCACGGCUGAAUACCGAACUGGAGCGACUGGGCGAGGUGUUGCCAUUUCCCAAGGAGGUGAUCAACAAACUGGACAAGUUGUCAGUCCUCCGGCUCAGCGUCAGCUUCCUGAGAGCCAAGAGCUACUUUGAGGUUGCACUUCAGAAUCGGAAGAGCAGUGAUGUGGAGAAUCCCCCUUCAUCCAGCAGUGAAUCGGUUUGCACCCCUACUAAAUUGCCACAGGUUCCUGCUGAGACUGGUAUCUCAGAGGGAGACCUCAUGCUACAGGCACUGAAUGGCUUUGUACUUGUGGUAACAGCAGACGGGACAAUUUUCUAUUCUUCGCAAACUAUACAGGAUUACUUGGGUUUCCAUCAGUCUGACAUCAUCAAUCAGAGCGUCUUUAAGCUGAUCCACACAGAAGACCGUGAGAAGUUCCGAUGUCAGCUUCGUUGGGCUUGUAGCCCACCCUCGUCUGCAACAGAAGAAGGAGCAAAGGAAAAAGACUCUGCAAAUGGAGGGGAGACACUGUGCCCAAACAGCCAGCCACCACCGGACAACUCAGACGUCCUGGACCGCAGCUUUGAGUGUCGCUUCCGAUGCCUGCUGGACAACGUGUCAGGAUUCCUGGCGUUGCACUUCCAUGGGAGGUUGAAAUUUCUACAUGGGCAGAACAGGUCAGAAAAUGGAAGCCCGCUGCCUCCCCAGUUGGCUCUGUUCGCCAUUGCCACCCCUGUCCAGCCCCAGACCUUGCUGGAGAUCCGAACAACAAGCCGGUGGUUUAGGACAAAGCACAAGCUCGACUACACGACCUUGUCAUGCGACACAAAAACGAGCCUGGUGCUGGGCUGGACAGAGGCAGAGCUACAGAUGCACUCAGGUUACCAGUUCAUUCACUACGAAGAUCUGGCUCACUGCGCUGAGAACCACCUGAGAAUGAUGAAGACGGGGUACACUGGAGUGACCAUUUGUCGACUUCUGUGCAAAGAUAAUCGCUGGCAGUGGAUACAAGCCAUCGCGUGGCUCGUGUACAAGGAUGGACAGCCAGAUUACAUUGUGUCCAAUCAGCGAACCUUAUCGGAUGCAGAAGGUGAAGAGCACCUUCAGAAAAGGAUGAGUCAGGCUUCAAGGUUCAUGCUUUCCGAAUCUGCUUCACUCUAUGAAUGUUCCAAUGGCAUUUCUCCCCAACCCCAGGUGCACACCCGGCUUCGAACUGUCGAAAUGGAUCACAGGAAGAUCCAAGAACAAUCUUCCUCAAAGGCCACCGAGAAGGCAGUGAAAGGUCUCGGUGGAACUGAAAACGAACCCUUGACAAUACUCACCCUUCCACCUGUUGAGAACACUGUGGAGGGAAACAGAAAACUGCCAACUCACCUCUGUGAUGGGCUGUUAUCUGACAGUAGCAAUGAAGGAGCUGUUGAGUUGACUGGCUUUCCAAGGAGUGGAAAAACCUCUCCAGUCAACAGUUCCCCUGACGUUUCCCCAGAGGGCUUGGAGCAGAUGUUGCAAUGUUAUGGUUUGAUCCCAGAAGAUUUGGAACUAAUUCACCAAGAUGAACUGAUAAAACAUAUUGAGCUCGACAACUUGAAGAGCGAGUUAACUUCCAAUUCUGUUUCCAAUGAAUGUUUUCCUAAAAACACUAGCUCAUAUAUUGGGCACAGCUCCUCACUGGUGAGUGAAGACUGGGGCUAUGCUCAGUCAAGCUUGCGUUGUUCUUCAAACCUCGAUGUCAGCUGGACAACUACAGAUGACAUGUCCACAAGCAAUCAGCUGCUCUCACCACAACACCCUCAAGGGAUUCACUAUCACCUCCAGUCAUCUCCGGGCCCUGAAGCCUCCUAUCUACAAAUUGCCUCCAUGAAUUACAUUCCCUACAUAACAUGUUCCGCGUCACAUCCAAUCUUGCAGUUAAACAUACCAGGGGGAAAGGAAACUCAGAACUUUUCCACCGCCAAAGUGGACACCACAUUAACUCGGCUGAAUAUUUGUGAUAGUCAAACCAAUUGGCUGAACGAUUCCAGCCCAACGAACCUGAUGCAGCCCUUAUGUGGUGAAGAUGCACACAAGUCUGAUGGGGGUCAACCCUACAGGAUUCCAACCCAAACGGGUAAUAGGUUUCAUUGCUCCUGCUGAUAAUCAAGGUGUUUGGAACAGGGAUCGAUCCUAUGAAGAUAUGCACUGAAAUCAUAACAUCCGGGCUCAAUUGACAACUUGACUAUUAUCUUCCAUGGAACUUGGGGCUCUUUGGUCUUAGACCUUUUCUAGUCUGACUAUUGGUAUUGGUUUACUAUUGUCACUUGUACCGAGGUACAGUGAAAAACUUGUCUUGCAUACCGAUUGUACAGGUCAAUUCAUUACACAGUGCAGUUACAUUGAGUUAGUACAGAAUGCAUUGAGGUAGUACAAGUAAAAACAAUAACAGUACAGAGUAAAGUGUCACUGUGACAGCAAAAGUGCAGUGCAAUAAGGCGCAAGGUCACAACAAGGUAGAUUGUGAGGUCAAAAGUCCAUCUCAUUGUAUAAGGGAACCGUUCAAUAGUCUUAUCACAGUGGAAUAGAAGCUGUCCUUAAGCCUGGUGGUACAUGCCCUCAGGCUUCUGUAUCUUCUACCUGAUGGGAGAGGAGAGAAGAGAGAAUGACUCAGGUGGGUGGGGUCUUUGAUUAUGCUGGCUGCUUCACCAAGGCAGCGAGAGGUAAAGACAGAGUCCAUGGAGGGUAGGCUGGUUUCCGUGACGUGCUGGGCUGUGUCCACAACUCUCUGCAGUUUCUAGCGGUCUUGGGCAGAGCAGUUGCCGUGCCAGGCCAUGGUGCAUCCAGAUAGGAUGCUUUCUGUGGUGCAUCGAUAAAAGUUGGUGAGUGUCAAAGGGGACAUACUGAAUUUCUUUAGCCUCCUAAGGAAGUAGAGGUGCUGGUGAGCUUUCUUGGCUGUGGCACAGGGACAAUGAUCAAAUUUGGUAUGAAUUUGUAAUACAAUAAAAUCUCCAAAUAACAUCUGGCUUCACAAACCUCCAAACCCAAAAUCUAAUAAAGAAGAGGGCAUCUUAAUGAACCUGGCCUGCAGGAGGAGAGUAUGAGCAGGAGAAGGACAUGCCUCAGGUUUGCCUCAUGGUGAUCUUUAAUCCAGGGAAUAUCAUACAUGAUCUUCAGCUCCUCUGUUUUAAAACUGCAAGGUGGCUUUUGUUAAGAUGAUGUGAUGCAAAGUUAUUUAACUUUAAGUUCCUUAUUGGAGCUAUGUGAGGAAGGAAUUCUCCUCCUCCAUUUUGGAGAAUCAAUUUUCUGCAUUUGCACCAAUGACAUUGGAUAGCUUUCCAAUUUGCUGGUUUUAAUGUUUUAUAUGUGUUUGUGUGCAGUUUUUGAAUGUUAUCGCUUGGGUUUAGUAUCUUUGUUUGCAGGAUAAUCUGUGUUUGCCCCUAAACUUAAUCUCAAUGCCAUACACCGACAGGAAAGUAUUGAAUAAGUGAAGCUUUCAAGCACUGAUCCCUGUUUUAUUCUUGUACUAUAGAACUGGCUUUUAGAUGCAUUGAAUCUCAUGAUGGAAGUUGGCUCGGCCCCACGCAACUUUCACCAAAGUUAAUUAAUAGAUACUUCCCUGAUGGAGGAAGAGGAGUCUUAAUUCUACAGUGUUGGCACCUGGUGUCAUAUCUUAUAGAGAAACAAGAUAAGAUCCCUUUAUUAGUCACAUGUACAUCGAAACACACAGUAAAAUGCAUCUUUUUGCGUAGAGUGUUCUGGGGGGCAGCCCGCAAGUGUCGCCACACUUCCAGCGCCAACAUAGCAUGCCCACAACUUCCUAACCCAUAUGUCUUUGGAAUGUAGGGGGGAAACCGGAGUACCUGGAGGAAACCCACACAGACACGGGGAGAAUAUACAAACUCGUUACAGACAGUGGCGGGAAUUGAACUUGGGUCGCUGGCGCUGUAAUAGCGUUACGCUAUGUGACCACUGUCACCAGGGGACAAGGGAGAAGGUGCAGAGAAGACCAACAAAAUAAUUCUUCAUCAUAGCAGGGCUGGAUAAAUCUGGGCCUUUCAGUCUGGAAAGGAGAGACUCUUAUAAGUGCAACAUUACUUUCAAUUAUUAUUGGAAGAGUAGAAUAAUGAGAUGGCUGUUCAAACUAAUCAAAGACAAAUUUAUACCCAACUUCAAGUUCAUCAAUACAUGACUCCAAAAUAGAGGAGAUGAAAAUUUGUAGAAUCGUUCAUGAGUCAAAGGGAAUGAUAAUGACAAAGUGUCGGGUCUCUCUCAAAGGGACAACUAAGGCGAGUCAAUUGGCCUUCCUGAAAUAUAUAACGUUUACUGUCAUGUCAAUGUAGAACUAAUGACAGAAGAAAAGUCCAGUGCACCUUGCUGUCUCUGGCUGGUUAAGUGUGUUGCCUGGUGUUACAACAAGCUAAAGAGCCAAGAAAGAUAUGUGGUUUAAUUUUAAUCUGUCCCAUGUUUCAUUGGCCUUGGUCAGGCUAUACACUGUUGACCAGCAGUGGAGGGGAUAACUUGUGAUCUCAUUCCCCCUAGAAGUUUAUAAAGAAUAUAUGCCCAAGUGUUAUCGUAAAAUGUCCUCAUGGACUGCAGGAUUUAUAGGAACAGGAACCCACCACAAACCCCCUUUCAGCCUUCUGUACCAUUCCAGUGAUUGUGGCUGAUCUGUGAGUGAACUUCAUGUAUACACACCUUUGCCACAUGUCUCUCAAACCUUUGGUCUACAAAAUCCUGUCAGUCUCAGAUUUAAGAUUAACAACUAACCUAGAAUUAACAAUGAACAUGAGGACUUGAAGAGGUUUUGUUUUGUUUCUGAGCAACACAAAAGAUUUGAGAAAUGCAUAUUUUUGGGUUACAUAAACAUUUUCUUACAAAACUGCUUUUUAUUUUACAUGCAAU